AUGGCAUUGGUCAGCACUUUGGUCAGCACAUUGGUCAUGGCAUUGGUCAGGUGCACAUUGGUCAGCAUCUUGGUCAACACUUUGGUCAUCACCUUGGUCAUGGCAUUGGUCAAAGGGUAUCUUGCGUACGAGGAAAUCGCGGAUGUUGCGGCCCACCGGGAAGCGGAAGAUGCACAGGUCGAGCAGGAUGAUGGCGACGAUGAGGGCAACGAUGACGGCGGCGAUGGCGGAGUAGGGAGGGGUUGGGAGAAGUAG